AUGUGUAGCAAGUUUUUGAAUUCGCGAUGCUACGAAAGUAAUCUUAUUUUUAUCUGUUUUUGCUCUGAUUCCAAAAAGGGUCUGCUGCCCUGCGGCAAGAAGCCCAAUCCUCGUCGAGCUAAGCACCUGGAGGUAAAUCGGCUUUUGGCAGCCGAGCUCAGUCAUCCCAAGGACCGUGUGGUCUUCCUCUGGCCGGAGUGGGAGGCUCUCCUCCAGCCCGACGGUUCUAUCGCGCACCGCGACAUGCUUGACUACCUUCACCCCACAGAGGCUGGUUAUUGUAAGUUCAUGGAACCGCUGGUAGAGGAAUUGCAAACCUCCCUCCAGACCUUCCUCAAAACUAAUGCACCCUCCUCCAGUCCCCUCUAG